UUAGUGAUAUCUCUCUUUUGGAAUCACGAUUACGGUCUCAAGACUUUUUGUUGGGAAAAAAAUUUCACUUCAAAUAUUUGUUUUGAAAGGGUUUUCAAUUUUUAGAAUAGUUCAAUUUGUCAUUUGUAUUAAUAAUUUAUAAUCAAAUUUGAAUACAGUUGACGCGAAAACACUGGUUUAUUGGUUGUUGGCUGUUGCUAUGGUUUUUGAUUUGCUGACAAACUUCAGUAAGAAGUACGAAAUAAAAAUUUCUUGCGUGAAAAAUGUUUAACAAAAUACCAAAAUCUUCAGGCCUGUAUCAAAUAAAAGGUAACAUUGAUCUACUGCAAUUAAAAGUUCACCUGCGUGCUAUGAAUUCUCUUCUAAAAUUACCGAGCUAUGGUAUUAAAGAGACAAAACUGGAAGAAUUUGAACAAUAUUGGACUUUUAGAAACAACGGUUCGCAAAAGUCAUUUGAAAACGAUAUUGUAGAUGUGGCCAUUAAAUGGCAACAGAAGCUCUUAAGUGCGGAAGAGGUAGAGCUGUAUAGUAGUUCGGACAACUGUACGACCGAUAUACAAAAGGAAUACCAUCAAUGGCUUACAGAGUUCAAAAAUAACCCAAAAAAGGACACACGCACGCAAAUAAGUCGAUUUAAGAAUUAUAAAACAUCCGACUUUCCAAAAAUGGCAAUCGGAAGGAAUUUAAUAUCGAUGGGUAAUGUGAUUUUUACGUAUGUUGAUAAAGAUGACUUUCGAACCAAAAAAAAUAUGAGUCAACAGAGAGAUACGUGGCAAGAGAAGCCAUCGGAAAUUAUGUACAUUUAUGCUGCUCUCAAUCCAGACACAAUGUUGGCUGUAUUAAAAUGGUAUGACGACUUGCAGCUGUUGCAUAUUUAUCCAAAUUUUACUGAUUAUUACUUUAAUACUUACUACAUUGAAAUCAAUACCAAUUAUCGCAACUUAUACUCAUAUGGCAUAGCAAAUGCGUCACCUGAAAUUAACUGCAGGAAUAGUGUUAUAAACUGCUUAACAUUCGUCCCUGAAUUAUUCCAUACUAAAGGUCAGAUGCUCAGGAGCUUUUCUUCAUCUCCUAAAACGACUCAAAAGUAUUUGCUGCUAUUUGAAAUAUUAGCUAUUUCAGGCACUGAAUAUAAAAGUAUCCAUGUACGUUACCAUAUCAAGACGCCACCCAGCUUUCUGCUUGAAGAUGGAAUAUUAGAUGCCACUACUCACUCCGUGUCGACAUCGUCAUCAUUAAAUAAGAGCAUUAAUAUCGGAUUUUGUUGGCAAAUGACGCUGGUUUGUAAAUCUAAAUACAGUCACAAACAUCGGUUACAUAUAUUCUUUGAAGUAAUAUCUACUGAUUCAUGGGAUCGUGAACGUGUAGAAGGCUACGCUUAUCAUGCAAUCAACCUACUACAAGUACACCAGGAAUGUGUGACGUUAAAAUGCAUGCGACCAAGGGUAGGCCUCUUUGAUGCUUUUACCCGUUACUUUAUUGGUGGCUUUCGUCACUCCGAUUUUAUUAAAUUUUUUGUAAACAUUCGCCAAGAACACAGAAAUGAAGUGCCUCCAAACUUUCACCUGCGCUAUAGUGCACAAAUGCAAAAUACUUGCCAGUUAAAUUUUAAAUGGCAAGAUAUCAAAGAACAAAAUUGUGAAUUGCUACAAACGUUCAAAGCAAGCAAACAUGACGUAAUAUUAGACGACAUUAUGAUAGCCUAUAGAAAAGCCAGAGUACGAUUAGAAACAAUAACGUUGAAAAAAUGUAAUAAAAAUAAAAUAUCAUAA